UAAAAACAGUUCAUAAAGUGUUUUCUAACCAGAAGAAUUUUUGUAUAGUCUUGAACAUUGAGGAAAAUCCUAUUAGUAAAUAACUUAUAUUGAUGAUAAUUUUUACUACUAAAUUUCCAACAUACAAAUCGUUGUUUGCUUGGUAGAAAUGGCUACGGGAGUGGAAACUCAAGAAGUGCAGCAAAAGUCUAAGAGACCUUCAGAUUCUGCCUUUAAGCAGCAGCGACUUCCUGCCUGGCAGCCGGUAUUAACAGCGGGCACUGUGUUGCCCACCUUCUUCGUUAUUGGAAUUUUGUUCAUACCUGUAGGAGUGGCAUUGCUAUAUUUCUCAGAUGAAGUUAGUGAAUUUGUCUACGACUACACCAAUUGCAAGCAAGUUGGUCAGGAAAAUUUGACCUGUGCGGAAUAUCUGACCAAAAAUCCCAGCGGAACAUGUUCAUGCAAAAUUGACUUUGAGCUACCGAAAGAUUUCACAGGAAAUGUCUACAUGUACUAUGGCCUUAGUAAUUAUUAUCAGAACCACCGACGUUACGUGAAAUCACGAGAUGAUGAACAGCUAUUGGGUAGACUAUCAUCAACUCCAUCCACGGAUUGUGUACCAUUCGCUUAUGUUGAAGAAAAUAUGGAAAGUAUUCCCAUUGCACCGUGUGGAGCUAUUGCCAAUUCACUGUUUAACGAUACACUAUCACUGAAAUACAACGGCACCGAUGUACCGCUGCUAAAUACUGGCAUUGCUUGGCCAUCCGACAAGUUAAUCAAAUUUCGAAAUCCUGCAGGAAAUUUAUCACUUGCCUUGAAAAACUUCAGCAAACCAAAGUUUUGGCAAAAAGAACUGUGGGAAUUGGAUCCAAAAAAUCCUGAUAAUAAUGGUUUCCAGAAUGAAGAUUUAAUUGUUUGGAUGCGCACAGCAGCAUUGCCUAGCUUUCGUAAACUUUAUCGGCGCGUUGACCAUUCCAAUUCAACUUUCCAAAGUGGUUUGAAAAAGGGUGCCUACACGCUCAACGUUGUUUAUCAAUACCCUGUGACGUCAUUUGAUGGUUCGAAGAAAAUGAUUUUAUCUACAACGUCUCUGCUUGGCGGUAAAAAUCCAUUCCUUGGCAUUGCAUACAUCGUUGUUGGUUCCAUUUGCCUAAUUCUUGGCGUCGCGUUGCUGUUUAUACAUAUCAAAUGUAGCAAAAGCACCACGGAAAUGAUCAACGUCAAUCCACGUACACCAUAUUCGUAACCGCAUUUCUGUUGGGCGGAUUGACGCGAGGCUGCGGGCAAAAAUGUGCCUCAGAGUUUUAAUGCUUAAAUUAUUUAUGAUGUAUAGACGUAGUUGGACACUAUGAAUUGCACGAAGACUUAUUAAGAAUGGAGAGGCGGCAAUUUAUUUAAAAGCUACCGGAAUGAUUAUUGUUAACUUUUUUGCACAUAUUAAUUCAGUUUCUGUAAGCGUAGCACACAUAUGCGGGGCUCUUAAGGAUUACGCGUUGCUUUUCACUAUUAAUUUUAUGUUUUUUUUUUUUAAUUACUUUUGGAGCUAUUAAUAUUACUGAGUUAUUAGUAUUACCGAUUAUUGUAUGCGAAGCUAUAAAACAGCACAUUUAGUUUUUCGAAAAAUAUAAAUAAAAUUAAAAAAAAGUUAUAUAUGAGUAAAUCAAUGAAUAUUAGUAUAGCUUCAUAGUGCUCUUAUUUAAGUUACAUUUUAUUUUAUAAUUUUAUUAAAUUGUACCUGCUUGCAUAUGUAGCCUUCACCCGAGUUGGUUUAAUAAAAUAAUUCCAAAAUAAUUAA